AUGGCGAGCAGCGACGACAAAGAGGAGACCCUCUUCAGCAAACGACCAGAAUGGGCAGACAUCACGCCCAUCCCCCAAGACGAGGGGCCCACUCCUCUCGUCCCGAUCGCAUAUGCCCCGGAUUACGCCGACGCGAUGAAUUGCUUCCGAGCAAUCCUCCGUUCCGAAGAGCGAAGCCCGCGUGUCCUCGAGCUCACCAAGUUCCUCGUGCGUCAGAACCCGGCGCACUACACUGUAUGGAAAUACCGCCUCGACACCGUCCUCGCCCUCUCCUCCUCCAUUCCCCCCGAACUAACCUUCAUCGACGAAAUGGCCUCGGAAACCCCCAAAUCCUACCAAAUCUGGCACUACCGCCAAGCGCUGAUCUCCCACCUCAACGACGCCUCCGCCGAGCACGCCUUCAUCAAUGAGCAGCUCGCCGUCGACUCGAAAAAUUACCAUUGCUGGUCGUACCGCCAGUGGGCCGUGUCGCGGUUUGCUCUGUGGGAGAAGGAGCUGCCGGAUGUCGAGAAGCUGGUUGACGAGGACGUGAGGAAUAAUUCGGCGUGGAAUCAGAGGUAUUGGGUUAUGAGGAAUCGACCCGAGGGGUUUGAGGAGGGGAAUUUGGAGGAGGAGAUUGGGUACGUGGUGGGGAAGAUUAGGUUGUCGCCAAGGAAUGAGAGUCCUUGGGCUUAUCUUAGGGGGUGA